AUGCAUCUCUCUCCGGCAGUUCCAGCCGCAGCGACGACCGCUUCCUUCUGUGAGCCAUGGGCAUCCGCACCCUCCAUGCUCAUGCAGGAGGCCGACAUCUCAGGCCAUACGAGGACCCCGGUGCCAGAAGCAGUCUACCGUAUCCCGCAUGGCGGCUCAAGCGCCUCCGGGCGCUUCCGGCCUCCACCUGGCUUGGAGGAGGUUGGGGCUUCCGGCUCCAGUCAACUCGCCCAAGCGCGCCCGGCGGAUACGCCUGUCGUGCCGUUCUGGUGCAGCAAGGGAAGCUUCGGGCAUCCGCAAUUGUGUGGCCGGCCUUGCGUGCACGUCGCCAAAGGUGGCGUGUGCCCAUCGGGGUUGGCGUGCACCUACUGCCACUUCCUUCCACACGCUGCAGUUGUCAAGCCAGGUGGCUCGAUGCGGCGAACUCUCCUAGCGGCCACGGAUCAAGAGCUUCUUGCGACCUUCCUCCCGUUCAUUCGCAAAAAGGCAGGCAAAGAAGGACUCCUCCCCCUCGCGAACGACCUUAUCAACCUCCUCGAAGCCGAAAUGCACGAACCACCCCCCACAAGCAUCUCGUUGGUGAGCUUCCGGCCGAUGAAGAUGACUUUCAUGCAUCUCGUGGCCAGCAGCAUGCGACGCCUGCCCCUCCACAUCCAGGUGGAGGUGCAGCGUCUCAAGGCGAAUUUGCCGCCACCGGCCCUCACGCCGGGUUCUUGGGGAAUGUCUCUCGUGCUGUAG